AUGGUAAACAAGGUCAUUGAGCAAGGUCUUUCCCUAAUCCCUGAAAGCCAAGAGGGCCAGGUCGUAGUGACAUCAAGUGAAACACUGGGCAGUCAAUUGCCCUCAUGUUGUGCAGUACAAGGUGACAUCAUGUCCAGGGAGCCCUGGGUAACCCUCAUGGUUUGUGGGCAGUCCAUCUCCUUCGUCUUGGACACUGUGGCCACUUACUCAGUCCUAACAGAGCUUUGGGGACCCAUUUCUCUCUCAAGUUUACCUACUAUUGGGAUAGGAGUUGUCGUUCAACUCUUAGGGCUGCUGCUUCUUUGGGUCCCAGCCAUGAGAUGUGACAUCCAGAUGACCCAGUCUCCUUCAUUCCUGUCUGCAUCUGUGGGAGAAAGAGUCACUCUCAACUGCAAAGCAAGUCAGAAUAUUAACAAGUACUUAAACUGGUAUCAGCAAAAACCUGGAGAAGCUCCCAAAUGCCUGAUAUAUAAUACAAACAAUUUGCAGACGGGCAUCCCAUCAAGGUUCAGUGGCAGUGGAUCUGGUACAGAUUACACACUCACCAUCAGCAGCCUGCAGCCUGAAGAUUUUGCCACAUAUUUCUGCUUGCAGCAUAGUAGUUUGCCGCACGGUGAUACAAACCAUAACAUAAACCACCCACAGAUGCAGAUGUGUGAGGUUGGGUUUUCACAGCUGUUCUUUUGGUUUCAUUACUGA